AUGUCUCGGGUAUUCGUCUUCUCAGCAGCAGCGCUUGUUCUCAGCAGCCUUUGUCAGGCACACGAUUCGGCACAAGUCGUCUUCGAAGACACUUCGUCUUUGUUGUCUUCAUAUGAUUACGUUAUUGCUGGAGCCGGCGUCAGCGGUCUGGUAGUUGCGAAUAGAUUGACCGAGGAUCCUGACAUCACUGUACUUCUCAUCGAGCAUGGAUACUUCGACGAGCGCGAGCCAUACACCCUUGUCCCCGGUCUUGCUCGGAUGGGCCUAGGCAUUGACAACGCGAAAUAUCUAUUCAACUAUACAUCAGUACCACAGCCGGCGCUGAACAACAGGACAUCUGGCAUAUGGGCGGCUAGCGCGGUUGGUGGUGGCUCGACGGUCAACGGAAUGGUCUUUCCUCGUGGAGGCGCAGUCGAUUACGAUGCAUGGGAGGCGCUAGGCAAUCCCGGUUGGGGAUGGAAUGGCAUCCUCCCAUUCUUCCAGAAGUAUGAAUCUAUUGUCGUGGAAGCGCUGGCGCAGGACCCUGCGGCAUAUCUCCUUCCCGAUGUAGACGAAACCGUGCUCGAGGGUUUCAAGGCGCAACGCGACAUCCUGAUGGACCACUACCGCUCCUUCGAGGCCACCGCAAUGGAGAUCACGUACGAGGGUCGCGCUGAAUUCGACGCCGCGCUGCAGCGGCCCCUCUCGCGCGGCACGAUCCUCAUCAAGACCGCUGACCCGCUCGCCGUGCCCGAGAUCGACUACCGCGUGUACACGAACCCCGUGGACAUGCGCGUUGCCGUCGCCGUCGUGCGUACCGCGCGGGGCUUCAUGUACACACCCGCCAUGCGCGCUCUCGGUGUCGUCGAGCACGUUCCCGGCGCCGCGGUCCAGAGCGACGCGGAGAUCGAGGACGCGAUCCGCAGCACGCUCGGGCAGCCGACAUUUGGGCACAUCAGCGGCUCGUGCGCGAUGCAGCAGCGCGCGCACGGCGGCGUCGUGUCGCCACGGCUGCAGGUGUACGGUGUACAAGGCUUGCGGGUCAUCGACGCGUCGAUCAUGCCGCUGGUGUCUACGACACACCUGCAGGCGACUGUGUACGCGAUCGCGGAAAAGCGGGACAACGACACUCGAGCAUCUAGAUUCUACAUCUCGACAAACCCUCUGCGGACGUUAAUUGACCUCCCAGCGUGUCGGGGCACCCGGCGCCUGGCACAAAUGAUUUGCGAGCGUGCGCGCCGACGAGAAGAACUUUCUGCAGUGCGGACACGCCCACUCGCACACACGCCCGUGCUUCACGACCUCGUGCCGGAGGCGGUCGUGCUGGCGCGAGAAGUGCUCCGCGCAGCCAAGCGUGCACGGGAGCGCGCGCGGCGCCUUCGGCCGCGGCGUGCGCACUGCGGGCAGGGCAGCGUGCGCUUGCGCUUCCCGGGUGCGGGAGUAGGGGAGGAUGAGGGGGGCGGCGAUGGGGAGGGAUUGGAAUUGGACGGAGAGGGAUUGGAGGUGGACGGAGAAGGGUUGGAGGUGGACGGAGAAGGGUUGGAGGUGGACGGCGACGGACAGGAAUUGGAGGGGAGCGGCGAGGGGGGGCUCGGCGCCGAGGAUACGGGGGUGGGUGGCGCGGCGGUGGCGUUCGUGCAAACGCUGGAGGCCAGCUGCGGAGAUCCUGGGUGA